UUAAAUCCGUUGCUGCAAAAGGCACACUUACAAAAGUCAAAGUAACAACUGCCUUAGAUAUUGAGGGCAAUGCUCCAUUAGAGUCUGUUCAACUUGAUGGACUAGUCGUUCUCAAGAUCAUUAAACAUUGUCAUGAAUUUUUUCCAAAACCCGUAACUGGGCAGCUUCAUGGUCUCGAUGUUGGUCGUGUACUGGAAGCAACAAAUAGUUUUCCAUUUCCUGAAGCAAAAACUGACGAUGAGCAUAGACUAGUCGAUGAUGCUAAAUACCAAAUUGAAAUGAUGAAAGGCCUUCACGAUGUAAAUAUAGAUCACAAUACUGUUGGAUGA